AUGUCCACCGACCAAGUGCCUCCGUUCUCGCUCGACAAGCCGCGCUACGACACCUCGACGUACGUCGGUCGGUGGCGUAAGUUCUCCGAGCUCGUGUCCCCAAAGUGGCUCUUCCUGAGCUCGGAGGACAUUAAGCACGCGACGGAGACGCUGGACAGCUUCCGCAACGGAACGCUCCCGCCUGGCCAGUUCAAGGACGCUGAGCUCUGGGACCUCCGUCAAGCUUAUGAGGCCGCGGUGCACCCCCAGACCGGCGAGACCGUUCCGGCAGCAUUCCGCUUGUCGGCGUUCAUGCCGGUGAACAUUCCCAUUUGCGUCGGCAUGCUGCUGGCUGCCCCCACGCUGGGAAACACCAUCUUCUGGCAGUGGGUGAACCAGAGCUACAACGCUGGCUUUAACUACGCCAACCGCAAUGCCAGCAGUGAGCAGGACAACUCGACCAUCCUGAAGUCGUAUGCAACCGCGACGGCCGUUUCUUGCUCGAUGGCCGUCGGCCUCGGCAAGAUGGUUGAGAAGGCUAAGCGCAUUUCUCCCGGUACGCGUCUGUUCCUGGGAAAGAUGGUGCCUUUUGUUGCCGUCGCCGGUGCUGGUGCAUUCAACGCAGUGUCCAUGCGUUUCAACGAGUUCACGGAAGGCAUUGACAUCAUGGACGAGCACGGAGAUGUCCACGGACGCUCCGUUGCUGCGGGACGCCAGUCGCUCGGACAGGUGGCGCUGACGCGCGUUGCGUUGCCCAUGCCCACCCUGCUGCUUCCGCCGUACCUGUACGAGAUCAUGAAGAAGACCAACAUUAUGCCCAAGCAGAAAUACCCCAAGCUUGCUGCUGAGCUUGUUGUGCUGACGUUAUGCCUGUGGGGCGCCAUGCCCAGCGCUGUCGCACUGUUCCCGCAAAUGGGAAGUAUUUCGGCAGACAGCGUCGAGGAGGAGUUCCGAUCCCGUGUGGACCGCAACGGACAACCUAUCCGCCAGUUCAUUUACAACAAGGGUAUCUGA